UUCUCCUAGCCCGGAAGCCGAGAUGCAUCGUGAUUCAUGUCCACUGGACUGCAAGGUAUAUGUAGGUAACCUUGGGAACAAUGGCAACAAGACUGAGUUGGAACGUGCUUUUGGCUACUAUGGACCACUGCGUAGUGUAUGGGUUGCUCGGAAUCCCCCUGGUUUUGCCUUUGUUGAAUUUGAAGACCCACGUGAUGCUGCUGAUGCAGUGCGAGAGCUAGAUGGGAGAACACUUUGUGGAUGUCGCGUCAGAGUGGAACUGUCUAAUGGUGAAAAGCGUAGUCGGAACCGUGGUCCACCUCCUUCAUGGGGUAGACGUCCUCGGGAUGAUUACCGUAGAAGAAGUCCUCCACCUCGCCGCAGAUCUCCACGAAGGAGAAGUUUCUCUCGUAGCCGCAGCAGAUCCCUUUCUAGAGAUAGGAGGAGAGAGAGAUCACUGUCGAGGGAAAGAAAUCAUAAGCCUUCCCGUUCGUUUUCCAGAUCUCGUAGCCGCUCCAGGUCAAAUGACAGGAAAUAGGACUUGAGGAAGAGCAGUGUACAGGAAGUCGCAUUAGAUCUGAGGAAAGGAGUAUGUACAGAACAUUGUUUUCUUUAAGUCUUCAUAAGCUUGGUGCAUUUUUAAAAUGUUUUAGCUGUCAAUUUUUUUUCUUGUCUCUUGUAACAGGUGACAAAUGUAACAGUUGUUGAAUCUGUACAUGGUUCUGAGCAGAUGAUAUGAAGUGUAAUAAACUUCACAAUGUACCCUUACGAAUAACUUGAAUUUACAGUAAUGUUAACGAAUACCUUGCGUAACCUUACCAAAUAAA